AUGCUGGGAACUCCAGCAUUUGCCACGUCCACGAACUUAUCACCACAAGUCGGAUCUUCUGUGUUGCAUGAUACUGUGAACACACCCAUUGACCUUAUGACGUUUCCUAACGACGAUGCGACACCAGUCCUACGCGCCAGCACCCCGUUUUCACCUGUCGUUUUACCUACGGUGCCUUCCGCCCCCGCAUUUAAUUCAUCCUUAAUUCCCGCCGUCAAUCCGACUUUUAGCGCCCUUUCCCCUCCCGAUUUUUCUAAUGGUGUUAAUAAAUCAAAACCACUUCGAAAAUUUUGGCCGGAAGCGGCAGAGUUUUGGUUUAAGUUUACGGAAAGUUGGUUUGGACGGGCAAAUGUAAAUAGCGAAAUUGAUAAGUUCCAUCUGGUCAUUGAUGCCCUAAACGAGUCGGAAUUUGCUCUUGUCGAAUAUGCUUUAUCUGCCGACACAGACCAGCCUUACAGCGUGCUAAAAGAGACUUUGUUGUACGAGUUUGGUCGGUGUGAAGACGCUAACCUCAACUCGAUGUUUGAGACUAUAGAUAUUGGUAAUGAUUCUCCCAGUCGUUUUGUCCAUAAAAUGCAGUUGUUCCUUGGCCCUGAUCAAAACACUCCGCUUGGGAGAAAAUUGAUGAGAAACAGACUUUUAAGGUGCCUACCACCGGAUGUUAGUUCCAACUUACGUGCACGCAGGGAUUUAGAUUUUAAGGAGCUGGUUAAAUGUGCAGAUGAGUUUAUGAAAGGCCGACGCGUCGAGUCUCAUCUCAGUGCGCAUGAGGCGAGGAAACUGGCCCUUACGAACGAAUCCUUGGAGAGGCGUGUUGAGAUUUUAUCCGAUAGUGUUCGGAAAUUGAAUGCAUCGGCUGAACGCUCGUCGGUCUCUCCCGGCAGAACAAUGGCGAGCGCCGGCUUACCUCGUCCUCAUGUCCCGCCAUUGCGAUAUCGCGAGCCGCGUUGGUCUAACACCAGUAGAUUGUCAGGUGUCGAGAAUGGACCUCAGCGAAUGUCAAGCAGCGGCGCGUGGCAGCAGAAUAGCGGAAAUUUUAGGUAUCGUGCGCCUGGUAGGGUCCUUGGAGGCGGUCGCGCAUCCGCUGGUUUUUGUUCUUACCACGAACGUUUCGGACCGAAUGCCUUUCGGUGUGAGGCUCCGUGCGCUUGGGGAUCCAACAAUGCAAAAAACUAGUUGGGCGCGUGCAUCGGAGGCCGGCGACUCGAUCGCGCGCGCGUUUUAUUGGAUCAGCUGCCAGAGUGCAUUCUCAUACUAACCCUAAGUCAAUUUCGUGUAAUGUUAGUAACAAGGGGCCAAUCAGGAGACGAUCCCGUUUAUUUUUUGUUUUUGAUAAUAACAACAAGUUAAAUUUCUUGGUCGACACUGGUGCCGAAGUCUCCGUUGUUCCCCCUUUAGAGGACGAUAAUUGCCUAUACAAUUGCUCUGAUACGAAGUUGGUUGCUCUCAAUGACACAAAUAUUCGAACAUACGGCUGUAAACCACUUUCUGUGUCUCUUGUUGACUGUGGAAUUUUUCGCUGGGAUUUUCAUAUUGCAAAUGUUCGUUACCCGAUUCUGGGCCUUGAUUUCUUAGAUUAUUUCCAAAUGAUGAUUGACGUCAGUAAUCGCCGACUAUUUUGUAUUUCACAACCGCCACGUCGCCUUUCUCAGUCUAACCCCGAACCAGAGUUUAUCCCUGCCCCUAUACCCGACGUUAAACCGUCCGAUGUAGCAAAUUUUGACGAUUUUCUGCGCCUUUUUCCCACCGCAUUUGACGAGUCCCGUUUUUCGUUGCCUGUUCGACAUGACGUGGAGCACGAAAUUGAAACCACUGGUUACCCGGUUGUCUGUCGUGUACGUAGGCUCGACCCUGUUAAACUGGCCGCUGCUAAAAAGGAAAUCACUAAACUUCUGCAGUUAGGCAUCAUUCGUCCAUCAAAUUCGAGUUAUGCUUCUCCAUUACAUUUGGUAAAGAAACCUGAUGGGUCUUUACAGGGUAACGGUUGAUUACCGAAACCUCAAUCUACACACAAUUCCAUCCCGAUACCCUAUUCCUUUAAUGGCCGAUAUGACUGCUCACCUCGCCGGGUCCACGAUAUUCAGUAAGCUUGACCUUAAAUCCGGUUAUUUUCAAGUUCCCGUUAAACCUGAACACAUACCGAUUACAGCCUUUAAUUGCCCACUUGGUUUGUUCGAAUGGACUCGUCUGAGCCUGGGCCUUCGCAAUUCCGGUGCAACCUUUCAACGCCUCAUGGAUACUAUUUUUGGUGAUCUUGAUUUUAUUUUCGUGUAUAUUGAUGACGCAAUUGUAUAUAGCAAAAGUCGGGAGGAACAUGUCAGUCAUUUAUUAACUGUGUUUGAGCGCGUGUUGCAGUACGGCCUUAUAUUGAACAAGCAGAAGUGUAUUUUCGGUGUGGAUACAAUCGACUUUCUGGGUCACACUGUAACUACCAGCGGUAUUUCCCCUCCAGAUUCUAAAGUUGAUGCUUUGGCCAAUUAUCCUCGCCCGCAAACAAUUCGGGGCCUCAGAACAUUCCUGGGCGCUGUGAACUUUUACCAUAAAUUUAUUCCCAACUGUGCUACCAUACUGGCACCUCUAAAUUCAUUGAUUUCGCCCACGUUGCCAAAAACUUCUCCGAUUUCAUGGACAGAAGAAGCAAAUAAGGCAUUUGAGGAUAUCAAAUCUAUCGUGGCCAACAAAGUAACUCUCACCUUCCCUCUCCCCGACGCCCAGACCCGCCUGGUCACUGACGCGAGUGGCGUUGCGGUCGCAGGUGUACUCGAACAAAAGGUCGAUGGAGCAUGGGCUCCGCUGUCAUUUUUUUCCAGAACUCUGACCUCAGCCGAGCGCAACUACAGCACAUUCGAUUUGGAACUCUUAGCCGUGUAUUCGUCUUUGAGGCAUUUUCGUUAUUAUUUGGAGUCCCGGACAUUCGUGAUACUUACAGACCACAAGCCACUUGUUUCGGCAUUGACAGGUAGAUUUGAGUCGGCUUCGGCUAGGCAGAGUCGCCAUCUCAGCUACAUUUCAGAAUACAAUUGUACAAUGGAGUUCCUUAAGGGUGACGAAAAUGUAAUUGCUGACUGCUUGUCAAGGCCCGAAAUUAAUGCAAUUUUUACUGACUGCGCUUCCAUUGUUGAUUACGAAUCUAUGGCAAACGCUCAAUCAAAUGAUGAAUCUGUCCAGUCUUUGAGGCAGUCUCCAGAGUCCAGUUUGUGCAUUGAAGCCCGAACUCUACCAGUUUCACACGUCACAUUAUUGGGUGAUGUAUCUACUGGCUCAUUCCGUCCCAUUGUUCCCGAGUCAUUUCGCCGCGAGAUUUUCAAUCAUUUCCAUUCUCUAUCACACCCCGGGAUACGAGCUUCACAACGACUUAUUGCAGAACGCUUUGUCUGGAAGGGCAUGAAUGCUAUAAUAUUAGAGAUUACUCUAAGGCAUGUCUAUCAUGCCAACAAUCGAAGGUCGGUCGCCAUACAUUUAGCAGCAUUCAAACCAUAUCUGUUCCUUCCCAACGAUUCCACAGCGUCCAUAUUGAUAUAGCUGGCCCGCUACCAUGUUGCGAAGGUUAUCGGUACAUCCUGCUAAUAAUUGAUAGAUUCACCCGAUACCCUAUAGUUGUACCCAUGACCGAUAUACGUACCGACACGGUUGUACACGCGUUCUGCUUUCAUUGGGUAGCUAACUUUGGUGCGCCUGCACAAAUAACGACUGACCGAGGCGCACAGUUCACCUCGGCUACCUGGUCCGAUUUGGCCAAAUUUCUGGGGGCCAAACUCAUUUUUACCACCAGUUUUCAUCCCAUGUCUGACGGUAUGGCGGAACGUUUUUUCCGUUCAUUAAAAGCAUCUAUUAUGGCUCAAACCAACGAAAAUGGUUGGUUAGGCAAUCUUCCUUGGGUCAUGCUCGGUUUACGGUCUGCAUAUAAGCAAGAUUUAAAAUGUUCAUGUGCCGAGUUGGUGUACGGCACAACUCUUCGUUUGCCAGGACAAUUCUUUGAGAAACCAGACUGCAAUGUGGACCAGCGUUCGUUUCUUGGCGAUUUGCGAAAUCGUAUGAACAAACUUCGCCCGACUCUCGCGCGACCUCUACUGCGAAACCCGUCAUACAUAGAUCCCAACCUUUGGUCCUGCUCGCAUGUGUUUGUUCGGGUAGAUCGUGUCAAAAGGGCACUUGAACGUCCGUACGAAGGUCCUUUCCGAGUUGUUGGACGCGCGAAGAAAUACUUCACGAUUGACUUUGGCACACGAGUCACUACUGUUUCCAUAGACCGCUUAAAACCUGCAAAUACUCUAUUGGAUAUAACGACCAGCCUCGAAAAUGCUGGUAGUCCAGUUUGCAGAGUGGAAGGUGAAAACGACAUUUUUACCAUGAACCCUGAUGUCAGAUCUUUUAACGCAGAUCCCAAUGCGACCACUGGUUCUUUACCUUUACCCAUUCCUCCACAGCAAUCUCCGCCGUUCGAGCCCAUCAUUCCCGAUAUACCCGUUCGCACCAGCAGGGCUGGCCGGUUACUUCGCCGCCCGGCACGCUGGAAAAUUUAUGAGACUGAUCUUUGAAAUUUUAAUCGAUAUUUUGGCUUUUUUUUUAUUGUGUUUUGUAUUGUUAUUUUUUGGCAUGGCGAUAUGGAACCUGGUGUCCGGCGCUCGGUAGUAUGAUCGAUGGUGGUGUUCAGCGGUUUCGUGUUAAGCACAGUUUUGAAGGCGUCACAACGCCUUAACCUAAUCUCGUCUUACACACAAAAACACAACACCUACACACAAUAUGUUCAUACACCCACCAAUAACAUAUACACGUGUCCGUGAUUGCAUGUUUGUGAUGUUGUGCGACAGUUUUAAUGGCGCUUGGUUUUAGAUGUUUUUCAGAUAAAUUGGACACUCCUGAUCCUUAUCUUAUUUCUUCCCCUUUCUAUUCGCCUUGUGUGUCGGAUUUGCUACAACUGGAACAUAACCAUUUAAAAGCCAAUUUAGUAAUUUUUCGUCGGCAAGGGAGGUCUUGUAGCAAUCCGACCUAUAUCCAUGGAACGGGCAGGGCCGAACCUUACGAGUCCAGAGCCAUGAACCCGUGUGACCUACAUUCCUUGGGCAAAGUCUACAUUCAGCAAUGGACAUUAAAGCAAGACAACAACAAUGGAAGAGAGAGGAGUUUCGGUCUAUUCUGUGUGACGUCACAUUCUCUUAUUCGUAACGCCUUUUACCCGUCUUUGUAUAAAAUCGCCUGCAUGCUAUUCUGAUGAUUAUUCGAUUUAAUGACUAUACCAAAAUACAUAUAUUCAAUUGGA